AUGGGUUCAUACGCAGAGGAACGUGUUGCUAUCCUGAAUUGGAGCCACUCGAAACAUCUAUACGCAAAAGGAUUGAAAGUGGCAUGCAUAGGUCGACGCAAGGAAGCUGGAGAGCAACUCUUGAAAAGUCUCCCAAAGGCCGUCUUCUUCCCCGCCGAUAUGUCAAACUAUGAAGAGACCGCCGAGGUCUUUAAGAAAGUGCAUAAGCUAUGGGGACGCAUUGAUGCUGUGUGCGUCAACGCCGGGAUCGUCGACAUGACCUCUGUCUAUAUCUAUGGCUCAAAGAAUCAACCCAUUGACGACGUUCCUCCUGCGCCCGAUACCUCUGUCGUGGAUAUUAACUAUAAGGGUGUAGUGUACUGCACUCAACUUGCUACACACUUCAUGCGAUACAAUCCUCAACCCGGUGGCCGAGUGAUCAUUACAGGUAGCAUUGGAGGUGUGUUCCCACACAAGUCUUAUCCGAUAUACUGUGGAACCAAGUCUGCUGUGAACCAGUUCGUCCGUGGGGCUGCUCCGUUGCUAAAGCAGAAGGAAAAUAUUUUCCUCAACGUUGUGUUACCUGGGAUUGUGGAUACACCCAUUGUGCCGAAAGAGAUGAUCCAAGCUGUGACACUUGAAUGUCUCACACCCGUUCAGACAAUCCUUAACGCUUAUGAUACUUUCUUGGAGGACACGACCGGUAUGGCGGGCGAGCUUCUUGAAUGCUCUGCUGAGAAGCUGAUAUACUAUCCUAUGCCUGAGAUGGGCAAUGGCCAUGUCACUAAGCGAGCAAUCACUGUGUGGGAGCCAUUGUUUGAGAUGAUGCAUGGCGAGAAGUCGAACCUUCCUGAGGCAAUUCCUUGA